UGCGGUAAUUUAAAUCUAUUUUGUCUAUGACAUAUUUGGACAGUGAAUUCCAAAAUGGCGACGAGCGAUGACGAGCCUAUGCAUUUAUAUGAAGUUUUUCAAAACUGUUUUAAUAAAAUAGCAAAUAAACAACAAGCCACAGAGAAGCCGGGCUACCAGUCACCGUAUGGGGUCAUGGACAAUGGAGUGUACGGCGUGGCGGCGACGUCGUGCGCGGCCGCCCAUGGCCACCAAGCGGACCGGCGCCACACACACCAUCACCAUCAUCAUCACCAACACGCCGACGUGCCCCCGCAAUGGUACGGCAGUGAUGAGUUCGGACACGACUCGCCCAGCAGGUACGCGUCGCCCAAGGGCGCGGGCGCGGGCGGUGCGGGCGCUGCGGGGGCGGCGCCCUACCAGGAGCCCUACUACGGCGGCGAGUGGGCCGCGCCCUACUACCAGCCACCGCCGCCCUACCACCACGACCCCUACGCCACCUCGCCAGGAAUAGGUGCGGGCGCGAGUGCAGGCGCGGGCGGGGAGGCGAGCGCGGCGGGCGGGGCGGAGCUGCCCCUGCCGCCCAUGUCGUCGUUCCGAGCGGCCGCGCCCGUCCACUCGCCCACAGACCCCAUGCUCGUCGCCAAACCCACCAUC